CUAGACGGGGUGUCGCCGCAUCAAAACCCAAGGAAAGUGCGACGUCUCGAGGGGUUGGCUUCCUUGUCCAUUAUCAAAACACCUCACACCACCGCCGACCCUGUCUUUUUGAUCAACUGAAUGCACCUGUUGUAACUACUGCCUUCAAGCAUUUGAGUUGCGUUCAAUCUUGCGCCCGUCAUGCGUUUCGAAGACUGGGAUAUCAUUCUCUUUCCACAGGACUCCCAUAUUCCCAUCCAGGAAUUCAACACUGCCAGCUUCAUCACCAAUAGUAGCUCAAACCACCACCUUCAUAUUGUGACUUGCUAUAUUGCGUCACUGCUCCCUUCGAGCCCGUUUCGUAUCUCUUUACACUCAUGGGCAAGGCAGCCCAAGCCUUCCGACAUCACCGGUUCCAAGAGAAAGCGGCAACAUCAGACGCUCUAUGAAAUCCGGGUCAUUAUCGAUGGGAUCGAAGUAUCUCAGAGUCUUCACGAGCCUACCUCGCGAUGGCCUGUGGAAAUAGGAGUGGGAGGCCUCCCUCUCACACCAUCCAUACAUUCACGCCAGAUCAGUCACGGCCUCCGAUUUCCCUCUUUUCAAUCAGACAUACUCACGCAGACUUCCUGGGAUCCCGCCAAUGACCGCGGUCGGAUCAAGGUUCUCAUCUUAGAACAGCCAGUAGACGGAACCAGCAGUCUCGGCACUAGGAAACUGAGAUCUGCGAAUGAACUAGUCUGCUUCUCAUUUCAACAUGCUCCAAGGGACGUGCUUGAGCGUGCCGGCAUUGCAUACCCAAUACGCAAUCCACUGUACUCUGCUCCCGGGAGUCCUCGUCAGGACUCCAGUGUUGUCACGACUGGCAGACCUUCGUCACAAAUACCAACCUCGACUAUGUGUCUGCCUUCGAUUUUGCUACCCGGGCCUGAUGAUCAUGCGAAAUAUGCAGCACGACAUGGAGGACAUCAAAGUAACUCGGUAAUUGGUGAUCUUCUUCUGGAGAAGGGUUUAGGACGCGUUACGCGUAUACUACCACAAGGGCAUAUUGCAAAAGGACCUAGCGUAGGAACUUGGUCGGCGCCACGGUAUAACCUUUCCACAUUAACGAAACCCUUCACGGCUGCCCGGAGCCUCCCCAGCCCUAUCCAGUCAAUUGCUCAGCCAGAUCGCAUAGGAAAACGAAAGAAAGAUAUUUCCCAGAAUCAGAACACAGGACAGAAGAAACAAGCUGUAAAUGUCGCCCGGCAGCAAACCAUCUCCGAUUGCAACGGUUCUAUACGCAGCAACAAGGAUGACGUUGCCCAAGCACUAAUGAGUGCACACACGCCAGAGAUAAUUCCGUUUGACAGUACUACCGGAUAUAGGCAUCAUGGGAACAAUCCUCUUGGUUCUGGUCCGGAAGGCCAAAAUGCUGUGCUACCCUCUGGUGCCGGGGAGAUUGGCCAGCAUAGAGACAAUUCACACAUGUCAUCGAUGUCAAAGACAACGGAUGGAAUUAGUGCUCUGGAUGUGGAUACCACUUCAGCCGUCGACGGCCACCGUAGCCCUGCCCACAUUGACAGCCCCAAUGGUACAGAGAGCGUCGAGACAAGAUUGUUUACUGCCCUUGGAGAAGUGAUGGGCCAUGAACUCAACCUACUUCCAGCCAACAGGAACCGCAUUGCAUACGGGAUUGAUGAUAUUGAAAACCAGCCACGAGACAAACUAGGCUGUGAGAGAUUCACAUCACCUUCCAAGGAAGAAGAAAAUAGCCCAACCUUAAAGGUCUUACAAUAUGGCCAGUCGAACCGUCAUAGUCAAGGACCGCAUCUUCGAGGUUAGACGAUAUGGGAGGUCGCUGAGAGAAUACGAGGGAAGUCUCCUUCCACAGUCAAUUAGACAGAUGCAUAACAUGGAGGACAGGCCUUGCUGCAUCAGCGAGCAACAGAAGUAUAAAAUACAUGGGAUUGUGGAAAUCGAGUUACAAAGAUUAGAGGCACGCUAUUAUAAAUUAAUUGGCUAUUAGCAUU